AUGAAGGUAUACAGCUUCCUCGGUCUGUUCCUCUUGAGCAGUGCAGUCUCAGCUCAUCCCGGCGGCCAUGGCAACGAAAAAAGCCUGGAAGCCCGUAAGGAGCUCAUCUCGCGAGUGUCAAACCUCGACCACUGUCACGGAAGAAUGGCAGCAAGCGGGAUUCAAACCAAGGCCGUAGAACGUCGUUCUAAAUUGGCAUCCAAGUUAUCUAAGAGAGACCUUAGCUCAUUUACACGACGAGGCACUGACCCUGUGUUCGUGGAUCAUGAGGCGGACCUCAGUCUUACGGCGACCACGACAUUGGAAGAAAUUUUUGCUAGCAAUCACUGCGUUGUUCUCUUCCCCGAAGAGGAAGAAGGCUCUUACCAUCAUCAUUCAGAUAUGGAUGGCGAAUAUAUUCGUUCUAACAUAGCAGAAGACCAGGUAGGAAUACCUGUUACCCUGGACUUGCAGUUUAUCGAUGUGGAGACUUGCGAGCCAGUCCAGGGCGUUGCUAUAGAAAUCUGGAGUUGUAACUCAACCGGAGUCUACUCCGGGGUAGUUAUAGAAGGCAACGGCGAUGCCGAUCCAGCCAAUAUCAAUUCCACUUUCAUGCGUGGUGCACAGUUCACUGACAAAAUCGGUGCCGUUCAAUUUGAGACCAUCUUCCCCGGCCACUAUUAUCCUCGCGCUACCCAUGUCCACGUGUUCGUGCACCUCGAUGUCGAGAAGUUUCCUAACGGCACUAUCCGUGGAGAUACCGCCGCGCACGUCGGUCAGCUCUAUUUCGACCAAACUCUCAUUGCAGCUGUUGAGGCCACAUAUCCCUACACUACCAACACCCAACAAUUCACAUACAAUAAGGAUGACUGGCUUCUCGGCAUGGAUGCUGUCCGUGGCUGGCAGGCAGACCCCUUCCUGGAGUACGUCAGACUGGGGGAUAGCAUCGAGGAUGGCCUUCUGGCUUGGAUCAGCAUGGGGGUCAAUAUGAGUUUCACGCGAGACGUAUGGGCAGCUGCCACUCUCUACCCGACGGCGGGGUACAGGCACCCGGCGAAAAUUAUGAUGAUGGCGUGCCAAGCUUCUUGA